AUGGGAAAUAAAAAGGAUACUCAGAAGGUCAAGGACACCAAGACCAACUUCAGGUGGUCACAACCAAUGCAGAAUUUAUUACUUGAGAUACUUGCAGAUGAGGCUCUUCAUGGAAACAAGCAAUCCAACACAUUUAAACAUGCAUCAUAUGCUAAAGUAGCUGAAGCAAUUACUGAGAAAUUUAUGACUGAAUGUACUCCAAAGCAUGUGGAACAUCGCUUUAAAACACUUAAAACCAAUUGGAAUACAAUUGCAUUACUUCGUAAUAAGAAAAGUGGGUUUGGAUGGAAUGAUGAUUUGAAAAUGAUCACCUGUGAUAGGACAGUGUAUGAUGAAGAAGUCGAGGCACAUCCAAAUCAUGCACAAUUUCUAAACAAGAAAAUUGAGAUGUUUGAUGAGAUGGCUUUGGUUGUGGGUAAGGAUAUGGCUACAGGAGGUUUUUCCAAGGGAGUAGGUGAUAUAGGUGUAGAAGCAUUGGAUGACUCACCUCCGCUUGUUGAUGCUGAUGUUGAUGACAUAUCCAAAAAGAAGCAAGUUGAUCCCUCACAUGUGGCCUCAAAUGAAACAAGGUCUCACAGGAAACGAAGUCAUGCUACUAUGAUUGAAGAUGUUGUUUACCAAGAUUUGUCCAUACAACUUGGUAAGGUUGCUUCUGCAAUAGAAAAGAUUUCUGAAAAUCAGCUAAAUUUUGGUAGUCUUUAUGAAGAAGUUAUGAAGAUGGAUGGAUUUGAAGAAAAUAUGCUUGCAUCUGCAUUUGACCAUUUGAAUGGGGAUGAAAAACAAGCAAGGUCAUUCAUGUUGAAAAAUGACAAGCUCCGUAGACAAUGGCUGCAGAACUUCUUUGACAACUAUUUAAACCAAUUUUGA